AAAUAAAAACGUUGAUAUUUUUCAGUAUUGUUCCCUGUUUUCCUUUCAGUCGAAUCAGCUAACGUGAACUCGCAGCGGUUUUAGGUAAAAGCAGUUCAUGCGUUUCACAACCGCCUCAGUUUGACUCCGACAGCUAGCUACAUGUCCGGCCGCUAAAGACGACGUUUGGAGGGAAGAUGUUGGCGUUGAGGUGCAUUGCGGGUCAUCUGCGUGGUGGAGGAAGACUGCUGAGAGGUCUUCCUCGCUCCGUCAGUCCUCCCGUCCAGCAGACGUUUGUCUCCUCGCUGACCUCAGAGAGUCAGCAGGUCAGACUUCUUCAUCCUCGCAGUCUUCCUCAGCCGACUCAGAGGUGUUUCCUGUCUCAGGGGCAGAAGUCGUCCGCGUCUUCUGCUAAACUGAAGCUGAGGACUCGCCUGGCGGUGGCUCUGCUGUUCGGCGGCGGCCUGCUGGCCGUGUGGUGGUUCGUUUACUCGGAGAAGCAGCAGAAGGUGCGGCAGCAGCGGGUGGAGCAGCUGCAGCAGGUGGCUCUGGGUCAGGGCAACUUCAGCCUCCUGGACCACAGGGGGCAGCGCAGGACCAAGAAGGACUUCCUGGGCAGCUGGGUGCUGCUGUACUUCGGCUUCACGCACUGUCCCGACAUCUGUCCCGACGAACUGGACAAGCUGAGCGCCGUGGUGUCGGCUCUGGACCGGGACGCCUCGCUGCCGCCCGUCCAGCCCGUCUUCAUCACCGUGGACCCGGACAGGGACGACGUGCCGGCGCUGGCCCGCUACGUCAAAGACUUCCACCCUCGUCUGAUCGGACUGACGGGAACGUCAGAGGAGGUGAAACACGCGGGGCGGGACUACAGAGUGUACGCCAGCCCCGGACCCAAAGACGAGGACGGAGACUACAUCGUGGAUCACACCAUCCUGAUCUACCUGGUCAGUCCUGACGGGCUGUUUCUGGAUUAUUACAACCGGAUGAAGAACCAGGAGCAGAUCGCAGAGAGCGUCAGGAACCACAUCAAACACUACGUCAGACUUGGAGGGACCUGAACGCAACACAGAAACUAGAAACUGAGUACUAAAGUCUCAGGUUCCUCUCCGGCCCCCCUUCAGCUUAUAAACACGCCGUUGAAAGCAGCCGCAGCGGUUCUCUCCUUACUGAGCCGCUCAGCAAACGCUCAUCUUUCUAACUGUGAUUCUCUGUAGUGAAGCUCAACUGUGAAUAACGCGUGUGAACACAACAUCAAAUAUAUUUUCACAUGUUGGAUGUUAAAGAUGAAACGACUGGUUGAUUAAUCAGCAGAAAACUAUUAUGAUAAUCGAUUAAUCGUUUUAAUGUUUCAGGUUCCAAACGUCUCUCUCAGUAAACUGAGUCUCUUUGGGCAUUUUAACUAUUUUGACAUUUUAUGAAUAAUUCAGUUUAAUCAAUAAUGUAAAUAAUAUCAGGGCAAUGUUCAACAAACCAAAUCUGAGGAAGUUAAUAGCAUUUAGUUUCAUUCGGCCUGUUGAACUGUGCGUUUCAUCUCCGACCUGCUUGGUUCUGUUAGUUUCUGCACAUAAAUUAUUAGUGAGUCGGAUUAGGUAAAUCACGAGGACAAAUAACGAUUUGUGGAUACAAAUUAUUAAUCAAAGAGAAUGAAUUAUUAGUUUGUGCACACUGUUGUUUUUCCUCCAAUGACAGGAAGUGUGUGAAUGGCCCGAAUGUGACAGAAAUGUCAGUAAAUGGCAGAAAUUAAGAACAACCCAAACGUGUUGACCUGCUGUACAUGACGCCGUGACGCCCGGGGAUUUGGUCUUUGAUAGUGAAGGGACGAUGGGAGGAAAGACGGUUUCUCUCGGCUCAGGAGACACUUUGGAACGGAAAUUAAAUCCGGACACUUGUUUGGUCGAUCCCAGUUAAACUGCAGAGUCUCGCUGUGUCGACGUCUCGCCGAUGCCUCAACCGAUCGAUUCAGUCGAGUUCAUUCAGAAGAACAACAUGACGAGUGAAAGUCUCCUGCUGCGUUUUGGUUUAAGCGCCAAAUAAAAGCGUGUGUGUGUGUGUGUGUGUGUGUGUGUGUGUGUGUGUGUGUGUUUGCAUCAGUGUGUGUUCAGUCCAGUUGCUGUUAUUGUCCUGACGUGUAAUGUGGUGCUAAAGCAACAGGGGGGAUCAACACACACACGUUUGGUUUGGGAUCGAGCGUCGGCUGUUCUGGGAAACGCAGCUCUGCUUUCUGUCCUUCUGAUUGUCUCCGGCUGAGACGUUGAAGCUUCAGACUUCCUGAAAACAGCUGAACAAACUGAAAAUCAACCACCAGUUUUUUCUUCAUGAGCAACAAAUUCAACAUGGACCGUUUUAUUACAAAUGUUUAAGAAAUCGUUGGGGGACAAAACACUUCAGCAUAAUCUCCAUCGUCAUUUUUAUCAUCCGACAUCCGUUACAGACAGACAUGAUUCAGUUAUUGGCUGAAUCAAAGGAAGCGAGUUCAGAUACACGUAGACAGCGAAACAAAACGUCCUUAGAAAGACUAAAAAUGUCUUUAGCGGAAACAAACUGAACAAACUGUCGUUUAUAAACUCCGGUCUCUGACGAGCUCACGAGUCUGAACUCACAGUUUCAGGUUGAAGCCGCCAGAGUUUUGAAUCUGUCCGUCGCUCUGUGAGUGCUGAGCAGCGUCAGUCCCAUCGAGUCCACGCUGUCCUCCAGACCCUCGAGACUGUCCACCUCCACUGUGUAGUCGUUCGCCUGAGAGACGACACACACACACACACACACACACACACACACACACCUCAGUUUAAAUUUCAUUUGUUCCCACGAGUCUCUAACUUUCUUCUGAGUUGUGUACUUUGUUUUCAUGUGCACAACUUUUUUUGUCAACAAAAAUACAUUUAAGGAAUUAAAGAAAAUAUAAAAAAACACGUCAAUCACAAAAAUCGACAAAACUGAGAAGACUUUAUUCUGAACUGGUGAAGAUGUGAUUGUCAGUAUCACAUGACCUUCACCUGCGGGAGCUGCAGGAAUGAUCUCCGACACGGAGCAGAAGUCCUGAAAGUGCUCAGAGAAAUGUUUAAACAUCUGCAGCUUCAUCACACCUGGGCAGGCUGCUGAGGAAGAUCACGCGACGGGAUCAAGAGCUGGCCGUCGCCACCGUUUCAUUCAUUUAUUUAUGAUAUAAUGUUGUAUCUGCAUGUUUACUACAAAGAGCUCUUCGUAAACUUGUGCUUCACCGUCUCGUCUCUGACUGAUGUUUAAUUCCAGAGGCUUUUUAGGAGAAUAUUAACUGCAAAUAAAGAUAUUACCCGAAAAA